UCCGCCCCCACGCUCGCUCGCUCCCCUCCCACCCGGCUGCCCGCCCGGCCGGCUGGCCUCCAACUAUAUAUCGUGCCCCGGCCCAACCCCAGCCCCUUCACUCCUCGAGAGCUAUCUGAGCUUGCUCCCCAUUCAUAGCCAUCGCUCUCGUCACUAAUCACAAAGUACCACCCACUGGCCAGCGACUACUACACGAGCUGAGCUUGCUCCGAUCCACUCACUCACAAGCAAGCAAGCCAGAGUGUACUCUCUAUCUCCUCUCUUGUUGAUCUCCAAGCUUGAGUGCUGCUUGACUUGGGCACAAGAGCCCACCAGAGCUAUAUAGGGGCCGGUGAAUAGGGAGAAGGGACAACCAACCAGCUAGCUAGAGCUUGGCGAUGCAUGGCAUGUGCUAACAUGUACAAUCCGGAGCACCACCAGCACCAGCCGGCGGCGCCCUUCAUGGCGCCGCGCAUGUCCUUCUCCAGCGACUUCGCGGUGGAGCCGCCGCCCCCGGCCGCGGCACGCGGCGGCGCGGCGGCGCCGGGGGACGCCGACUUCGAGUUCUCCGUCGGCAGCCACCCCAUGAUGGCCGCCGACCAGCUCUUCUCCAAGGGCCGCCUCCUGCCGCUCCGGGAGGCCCCGCACGGCGGCCGGCCCGUCACGCUGCGCGACGAGCUCCGCGCCGACGAGCGCCAAGGCCGCCUGCCCCGCGCCCCCAACAUCCGGUGGAAGGAGCUGCUCGGGCUCAAGAAGGCGCCCAAGAAGCAGGCCGCCGCCGACGCCGCCGCCGCCGCCGGCACGUCCACCGAUGCCCAUACGUGCCCGCCAUUGGCAUUUUCUGCUGAACAUCCUUAUUCAGAGUUGAAACCACCUGCAGCUCUGCAGCAACGAGCCUGCAAGCCGUAGAGUACUUGCUGCAUCCAAGAUUUCUCCGAGCUAGCAGCUAAUAAAGCUAACUGGCGCGGGAUGCAUUACAUUGCAUGUACUAACUACAACCUCACAGAAUCACAGUACACACAGAGCAACAGAGAACAGACUGCACUUUUUUUUUCUCUCUUCACAAAUACCACUCGCGGCGGCAUCUUUUUCUAAUCAGAGCUUGCAUUUUUUUUGAACAAUUAUCAGAGCUCGCAUUGACAACAAUGUAUAUAUAUGCAACAUUCGCAGGAUCUUGGAGGCCAGGGAGGCACGAGAGACUGAAGCAGCAUGACAUGAUCAAUCGUGUGAGUGGCCAACAAGUAGUCUGGAUGGUGGUUGCUAUUGGGUGGUGGAUGUGUGCCUUUCAGCUAGCUGCUGCGUGCUCGAAUCAUCAUCCGCUUGCUGAUGAUGAUUUGGUAAUCGAGCUAUCUUUCUAGCUAUCUAACUCGAUCAUCAUGUCCGUGCUUAACCGGAGAUGACUGAAGCGAUGAAGAGUAAUCAGAAGACGACGUCCGGAGGCACGCACCAAUGGGCAUUAUUUCCUUGUCACCUGACUCACCUCUUCGCUCCAGCUGCUGAUGGAUUCUCCUCCUCUUUGGUAUUAAUUAUUCCGGGUGUGUAAAAGGGAAUUUUUUAUCAUAUUUGUUUCCUGGUAAGUAGUAGUACUAGCUAGUCAGUAAUUGGUUCGUGGGGCUAGAUGCGAGCAUCCCUGGAUGCUUGAAUUGAAUUUGUAAUGGUCGCGCUGUGUAGUGCAGCAGCAGCAGUAGUCGUAGAGAGUCAAAUUAACUCCAGCUAGCAAGCUGCGCCUAUCAUCAUCUCUGAUGUUUUGAAAGGGCCAGUAGUUAAAUGUAGUAGUAUUUUUUUCCCCGCCA